UUUUCGGCAGAGCUGGCGUGAUGUAGGUGAAAUAGAUAAAACAAAAUACGAAGACAGUUACACUCUUCAGCUUACAUCCACUUCAGGUCUAUCAUUGAACCAACACGAAAUAUCAUUUUGCACGGAUAACCACCAUCAGAAUGGACUUGGCAAAAUUGUCGAGGAACGUUUCGCAACGGCUUUCCAUUUCUUCUCUGAUAGGUUUUGCAUUAUUUCUCGUUCUGGCCAUAACGAUACUAUAUCAAGAUUCAAGGAUAGCAAAAAUGGAAGAGAAAUCAAAUACAAAUCGCUUCGUCUCCAAGAGAUCUGCCGACGAGGAACAUCAGCCUCAGCCAAUGCCGCCAAUACCCGGUCCUGGAUCCCUGUAUACCCGGUGGGGUAGAACAACCUGUCCAUGUAAUUCACGUCUGGUAUACGAUGGUGUGGUUGGAGGACAAUUCUAUACACAAUCAGGUGGCGGAAGUAAUCUCUUAUGUCUACCUAACGACCCCAUUUGGGCCAAUUUCACUGACGGAUAUCAAAAAGCGGGAUCAAUAGAAAAUACGGUGAGAAAAUACAUUGGAAAUGUGAAAAUAGAGAAUGAAUGCAAGAGUGCAUUCCGUGCAGGAAAAUGA